ACGUUGACCAAUCACGAGGACCAUGUUACAACGUCACUGCCAGUAUAGUGCCAGAGAGGCCCAUGAGGAUUGCAACUCAUGCCCAUUGUCGAGAACUCUGAUAAGUGGUAUUCUAUAAAUCAUGAUCUCCCGGCCGUUGGACCGUGCGGGGAGUGCCGAAUUGCUGAAUCAGAUGUUGAUUUGUGUUUACCGUGUCUUGGUGAGUGCAAUCGAAAGGGAGAAUUGAGAAAGAGUCGGACAAGAACUUGGUUGGCGGCAAAUUGGCAGGAGACCAAAAACAUCGGGAGCGUCGAUGAACAGCGAUGCAACGGAGGCUGCACUCGGUCUCCUCAGCCUCUCUCCACUGAACAACACAAUCCCUCAAAUCAGAAAACCAAAACCAAUACCAACACCAAGACCACCGCCAACGACAACACCAAUACAACCUGCGCCAUCAGCUAGCCCCCCUCCUCCAGACGCAGACGCUAUCAGCUGCAUAUGUGGUUUUCUCUUCGACGAUGGCUUCAGCAUUGCUUGCGACGUCUGCUCUCGUUGGUGCCAUGCAGCAUGCUUCGAUAUUGUGGAGGGCGAGGUCCCAGAAGAGUGGCGUUGUUGGGACUGCGAUCCCCGUCCUGUUAACCGCGACCGCGCAGUCCGCCUCCAGAAACAACGUGUCGCCGAGGCACAAGCCAGAGAGAGGGAAAGAGACAAGGAAAAAGAUAGAGACAAGGGCAGAAAACGAGACAGAGCAGGUUCGCCCGUUCAGCGACGACGAGCCAGCGCUGCUGCCAUUGAGGGCUCUGGAAAUGCAAAGAAGAAACGUAGAGCAUCUAUCAUCUCCCCGUCGACGCCGCACCCGCCGCCGACGCCAACACAGCAUGGGGAAGACGAGCCGGUCGACAUCGACGAACCGUGGUCUUUGUCCUACGUCCCUAUCACUAAAGACAUCGUUACAGCAGAAGCCCAUGCCAGACUCCGCAGACAAGCCCAGGCAUGGCGUGGCGUCACCGCCCUCUCGCCACCCAUACAUCCCAACCACACACAGAUCCACUCAGUCCCGCCUACACCCUCUCCAAGUCAGCUACAUACCAACCCCCUCGUUCGCCCGCCCACCUACAGCCUCCACACAACUGCGCCUGUUCCUUCGUCCAGCUACAUCGCCCCGUUUACCUGCGCUAUCACCCCAAGCGCCUCUUACCUCGCUGACCCGCUCAAUGCGUACGCCCACCUUGGCAUGCCAAAGCCAUUCGUGCACCUCAUGGGCCCACCACUGGACGUUGCCCUCGAUGCGAGGGUCGUCGGCAACGAGGGGCGCUUUGCCCGGAAUGGAUGUCGUCCAAAUGCAGUGCUGAGGCCCUUUUUGUGCCCAAAGGCCAAGGAUGAGUCCAAGCAAGAGGGAAUGGAAAGUGGGAAGAAGGAGAGGGGAGAAAGUGAGAAGAAGGAGAAGAAGGACGAGACAGACUCAAGUCCAGAAACCCUAACAUUUGGCGUAUUCGCACUGCGUGACCUCAAAGCCAACGAGGAGGUUGUUCUCGGCUGGGAAUGGGAUGAUGGGAACGCGGUGCACAGUCUCCCUGCGCUCAUAGAGAGCCCACAUAUAUUCUCGACGUACCACCUAACACAUCUCCGCGCACAAAUGACCUCCAUCCUCCAUGCCCUCAGCUCCACAUUCACGACAUGCGCAUGCGGUGCCCGCGCAAGGGACUGCGUACUGAACGUCAUGGCGCAGUAUGUUGACGGGGAGCUCGAUGCAGCCAGCGUCGCGUGUGCGUCAGGGCAGGCUAUGAAUGGUACAGGCGCCGGGCUGAAUGGUUUAGGCGCUGGAGCGAUGAACGGUGUUGGUGCUGGGACCACAAAUGGUACAAACACCGGGAUGGUGAAUGGGAAUGGGAUGAGACAGGCAGGAGAGGCAGACGCAGGCGAUGGGUCGAGCUCAGAUAAGGAGAAUUGGGGACAUGAGUAUGGGCGGACUGGGGUAGGCCUCGGGAUCCAGAUGAAUGCGAACGCAACUGGUGCCAACGGGAUCAGCGGUGCCAAUAUCAACGCAAACGGCGCCAAUACCAACGCAAACGGUUUGAACGGGAACACACCACCGUCAUCCGCAUUCACCCGGAAAAUCGACCUCGGUCCGCUAAUCGGUGCCAAGCGUGGGUUCAGGACGCGGGAGAAGGUGCCGUUUGGUGGGGGCGUUGGUGGUGUGGAGAUGGUUCCGUCGGGAUCGGGUGGGAGUUUUGACGCUGGAUCGACUGGGGGAUUUGGUGCUGAGUUGAGUGGGGGAUUUGGUGCUGGGUCGAGUGGCAGGUUAUCAAGUGCAGGACUUGACGUAUGGCCCUCAAGUUUCAAUACUUCUGCGGGACCAUCGAACUUAGGACCCAAUGGAGGAUUGUCGAAUUGGCGCCCUACGAUUUCCACCUCUAGUGCGGGACCGUCACGAACUUCCCAUUCUACGAAGACCCGUGAUAGGAAAGGCAAGGGGCGCGCGAAGGAGGAAAUAGAUGUGGACGUGGAUGUGGAUGUGGAAGGCGAUGGCCCUAAUCCCGACUCGGUGGAGGUCGACGAGGAGAAGAUUCCGCCGAGGAUGCGUAAGAGGUGGAUGCAUGCUGUGUCUGUGUCGCAUGAGCGUGAUGAGCCAUGGACAAAGCCUAUUGGGAGCGCAUGGACACAGUUCACCAGUAUCGAGUGGACAUAGUCCACCCGCCCCGGUGUCUACGACAGACUGGAGAAGCCCAGCAUCGUUAUCAGGGGACAGUCCAGCACCAACAUCUGGAGACAGCCCUUCGCCGCCAUCCCCCGAGAGCACGGUGGAUGGAAUGGAUAUCGAUGUGAACGAUACGUCUUCUGACAUCCGUCAAAUGCCACCACCACCAAUGCCGGCAGCUCUCGACCCCACUACCAUUUCGUCCGUCGCAUUCGCAUCCGUUUCGCCCUCAGCGACAUUCUCAAAACUAUCUCUUCUAUCACCCGUCCUGCCUGAUAUGCGCUCGGGGUCACCGUCCCUCUUUGGAAUGCCUCUGACAAACUCGUCUAGGCGUCAUGUACC